AUGAACAUCCACGCUAAGAUGUGGUCUUGUAUAAAAGACUUCUUCACCUAUGAAACCACAAAGUCAGUGGUAGUGAAGAGCUGGACCAUCGGCAUCAUCAACCGUGUCGUCCAACUCCUCAUCAUCACUUACUUCAUCGGGUGGGUGUUUGUCAAUGAGAAGGCCUACCAGGUGAGAGACACUGCUAUUGAAUCCUCAGUGAUGACCAAGGUCAAAGGUUUUGGAAUCUACAAUGACAAGGUCAUGGAUGUUGCAGACUACGUCACUCCUACACAGGGAGCUUCAGUCUUCUGCAUCAUCACCAAAAUGAUAACUACAGAGAACCAAGUCCAAGGAUACUGUCCUGAGAGUGAGAAGAAGUAUAUUUGUAAGCAGGACAGUAACUGCGAAAAGCAUAAUAAGCCAGGAAGUUAUGGAAUCCUGACAGGGAAAUGUGUUCCGUUCAACGCCACGGUCAAGAUGUGUGAGAUAAAAGGAUGGUGUCCUGCUGAGAUCGACACCAUCAAGACUACGCCAAUGAUGGAGGUGGAGAAUUUCACCAUUUUCAUUAAGAACAGCAUCCGCUUUCCAACCUUCAACUACACUAAAGGGAACUUCCUGAGUACCAUCACUAACACUUACAUAGAAAAAUGUAACUUUGACAUGGUCAACAACACCUACUGCCCCAUCUUCAGAGUGGGAGACGUGGUCCGCUACGCACAGCAGAACUUCACCAAGCUGGCCGACAAGGGGGGAGUGAUUGGAAUAAAGAUCGGCUGGAUAUGUGAUCUGGAUAAGUCAGAUGACCAGUGCAACCCCUCGUACUCAUUCACCCGACUGGAUGCCAUGUCACAGAAGAACGCUGUCUCACCGGGCUACAAUUUCAGGUUUGCCAAAUAUUAUAAGAUGGAGAAUGGGACAGACUACCGCACUCUGGUCAAAGCCUAUGCUAUUAGGUUUGAUGUUCUGGUCAAUGGAAAUGCAGGGAAGUUCAACAUGAUCCCUACACUCAUCAACAUGGUGGCAGCCUUCACGUCAGUGGGAGUGGGCACCGUGUUGUGUGACAUCAUACUGCUGAACUUCCUGAAAGGAGCGGAGCAGUACAAGGCCAAGAAAUUUGAAGAGGUGUCGGACAGCCCGCUGGAUUUCCAAAGCAAUGGGUUGUACCGCUCCCAGCUGUCACUCAGACAUAACGAGGCCAUCAUGCGGUCCAGUGACUCGGGGGCAUUUUCUAUUGAACAUUACAGCUAAAUGGACAGGAGCAGGGAGCAGUGGAUUGAGGAAGACAGAUUUAGGUUGGGUUUCUCUCAAAAUGUUUUUAAGUUUCAUCAAUUUUUACACAUUCAAAAAAACUAAAAUUGUUUGUUUGUCAAUGUCAAAAAACAUGUGAAGAAACUUGAAUUGUUGCUAAGUUAUUAUUAAAUGUUUCAAAUACUCAAAUACUCAAAAGCAAAAGUGUCUUGCAUGGUGACACUUUUGGCAUGUGAUAUUGGCUUGAUUUUCUGAGCAGGAAAAAAAGCAGUUUGUGUUUAAAGGAGCAUGAUAUAACAUGCAGAGCAUUAACAUAUCAUCAAACAACAAUCAUCUAUGUAACGAUAUACAGGAGGAAUGUCUAUGUGAACAGAGAAUGAAGUCUCUCUCCCUCUGUGUGUGUUGAUCAGAGCUUCUCCUUGCUUUGUUGAGAGGGAGGCCGGUACCACGCAUACCUUUUAGUGCAUGUUGGUGCAUGUGAGCAUGCCCCACUGGUUAGCUCACGGCCGCUGCUCUGCACUGCUCUCAUACGGCGGUUACAGCUGAUAACGCCGUCCCAACCGAAGCUUAGCAUCCACCCUCCGGUUCGCCCUCAGGUAAACACCGUUAGCUCUGCAGCACUGUUGCCGUACUUUGUACUGUUAUCGCUGUUAGCAUCGUUAGCUACAAGCCAUUGGCUCAGGCAUCGCCAUUUUGAGGGCCGUUAAGAGGCAAUCGAAAUGCUCCUAAUGUUGUAUCUUGCACCUUUAAAAAAGGAAUUUAACCUGAGAAAGAUUUCAGGUUUGAGCUCUCUUCGCUUGUUUUGUAACUUGCAUUGAAACUACUGUAAUGCACCACAGCUAUGCUAUGAAGGGCUUUGUGAGACUAAAACAAAAAUAAACAAGACAAGUGGCAUGAAUUAAUUCACUCGCUUGGCCUUCUUUAUUAACUCUCUUGUGGUUUCUUUUCUGAUAGAUUUACUCUGGGUAAUGGAGCUGCACUGUGGUUUGGUUUGAUAAAAGCAGCCAUUUUGUCUUGGAUGAUAACAAGCUGGAUAUAGCCACAGCAGUGAUGGAGAGCACGCUAUUCGUAAUAUGUACUUGUGUGUGUGUGGAUGAAUGAAAAACGUGUGUACGCGCCUCGUCUCACAUAUCUCCACAGCACUAUGUGAGGGCUGAACACAGGUCUGGCAGCACCCACUAUCAUUCUGUUAUGAGGGGAAUAAAACACUCUGGCUUGUUUGUAUUUCUUUAAACCAAUCCCAAUCGUCUUGGGCGGUGCUAAGCACAGGAUGCAGGGACGGUGCCCUUGCAAAAUAGAUAGCAGAUAGCAGUAUGGGAGGAGAAUCCUCCAUGAGAUACACUGUCAAUGGCAGGCUUAUACCCACAGUGUACAUCUGAUUCUCUGCCCUAACCUGAUUGGCCUGGUUUGGGCCGGGUCAGGGUGCGGUUUCUAAAAUUUCUCUCACUUUUGAAUUGGAUCAGGGCUCUAUUAUAGAUCUAGUACGUGCCCAAACAGUCCUGUGUGGAGGUAAUUAUAAAUCAAAAUAAAUCAAAUCACCUGUGUGGGUGUACAAUGGGUGUGUGCAGGGGCCACUGCUACAGCACUAGAAGUCAGGCUUGCUGCCAAUGUAUCUCCGUGGUCAACUGCGGUACUGCAACAGAAUCAUUUUCCGCACCGACCCACCUGUCCAUCUCAUGCUCCUUCUGGUUCUGAAGUUCGAUAAUCAGUCGGAGUCUCCUUCCCGACACAAACUUUCCCAUGGCAGGCUGAGCAGUGUGAUACCCCGAUAAUUGGAGAACACUCUCUGGUCCCCCUUUUUGAAAGUAGGAACCACCACCCGGUCUGCCACUCCCAAAACUAACAUAUAGCAUUUAGUUCGAAGCCCCACUGUGCCUAGGGAACAGCACCACUAGCAUGGCUGUAGCCUCUCAGCCUUGUUAAACCAGGAAGAUUUGAACUUUCCCAGAAUCUAUAAGCAUCAUUGGCUGCAGUUCUGUAACUUUCCAAAUAGGUUCUGCCUAUAUUUUCUGUAUGGGCAGCUCUUACGCAUGGCAGGCAUGCAUUCAAAGAAAUUGCUGUGGAUUAUGUGUAACAUGUAAUUCUCACCCGUGGUUGUCAAAUCCUUUGUAAGGUGGUCUUUGAUGAUUCAAUUGUUCCAUAUGAGAUUGUCACAACACAAUUCCAUGGUCGGAAAAGAAAGUUGUAGAACAAUUGGAGUCAUUGAGGAGAAGAAUUGACCACUUGUCCAGAGACGUAUUUAUUGCUAAAACGGUGGCCAGAAUGGCCGCUGACAAACCUACGCCACUUCCAUGUUCUGGAUUUGAACAGACCAAUCACAACCGUUCAUCUACAUGCAUGGGGUCGAACUGGGGUGCCAGGUGGGGAUAGCGCUAUUAUUGGUCAACGUUGUCUGGGACACGGCUCUGGGGAGCCAGGUUUUUUAAACUCUGUGAUUGUUUCCACACAGUUUAAGCAACGAACCAGAGAGACUGUCUUCAGUCUCCAGUUGAGCAAAGCAUUUAGAGACUGACCUUUGUCUAGAAAUAUCUUAACAACUAUUGGAUGGAUUGACAUGAACAUUUGGUACAGACUUUCAUGUUCCCCAGAGGAUGGUUGUUGCCUCCCCUAACCUUUCAUCAAGCACCAACGUCAGGUCAAAAUUGGUCCAAUACUUGCAAAACUAUUAACAUUCCAACAGUCACUGUUAUACCUUAUACUUUGCUGCUUUUUUGAUAGCCAAACAGUAGCGUUGUGUUUGUCAUUGUUUACAAAAAAAAACACAUCAAGUUUUUGUGUAAGUAUGAAAGAAAAGCUACACCAAUGAGAUGGUCCAAUAAACUUUAGCAGCACUUCUGGGGUUAACUGGAAGCAGGUUUCACUUUAUUUUUGAUGUUUUUUCAUCCCAGUUCAUGGAAACGAGCCAAAUUGCCUUAAAAAAGAUAAUAAUACAAAUACGUAAAGAGCAAGAAAAUAUAUGUAAUGAUGUAAUGAAGAGGAGGGGAUACAUAUAUGGAAGAUGGAUGACACACAGGAAAACAUGGAAAAGAGAUUUAGCAGAUGAUGUGGAGUGAAAGGAAGCUGAUUCAAUAAAGAUAGCAAUACCAUGUGAUGUCUUCUCAUGUUCCUGAUGGAGCCUCUUACAAAGCCAAGCACAGUGAUGUGUACUCUGUGUGUGUGUGUGUGUGUGUGUGUGUGUGUGUG